AGAGGCUCCGGACACCGCGGCUGGAUUGGAGACGACAUGGGUUCCUCAGGGGACGACGGCUAUCGGCUCCUCAAUGAGUACACCAACGGCUUCAUGGUGUCCCAGGUUCUCUUCGCCGCUUGCGAGCUGGGGGUGUUCGACCUUCUCGCCGAGGCCCCAGGGCCCCUGGACGUGGCAGCAGUGGCUGCAGGUGUGGAGGCCAGCUCCCACGGGACAGAGCUCCUGCUGGACACCUGCGUGUCCCUGAAGCUGUUGAAAGUGGAGACGAGGGCAGGAAAAGCUUUCUAUCAAAACACAGAGCUGUCCAGCGCCUACCUGACCAGGGUCAGCCCGACCUCACAAUGCAACCUGCUAAAGUACAUGGGCAGGACCAGUUACGGGUGCUGGGGCCACCUGGCAGAUGCUGUGAGAGAAGGAAAGAACCAGUACCUGCAGACGUUUGGCGUUCCCGCUGAAGACCUUUUUAAAGCCAUCUACAGGUCUGAGGGUGAGCGGCUGCAGUUCAUGCAAGCUCUGCAGGAGGUCUGGAGCGUCAACGGGAGAAGCGUGCUCACCGCCUUUGACCUUUCGGGGUUCCCACUUAUGUGCGACCUUGGUGGUGGCCCUGGAGCUCUGGCAAAGGAAUGCCUGUCUCUGUAUCCUGGAUGUAAGGUCACCGUUUUCGACGUCCCAGAAGUGGUGCGGACGGCAAAGCAGCACUUCUCAUUCCCGGAGGAGGAAGACAUUCACCUCCAGGAAGGGGAUUUCUUUAAAGACCCUCUUCCGGAAGCAGAUCUGUACAUCCUGGCCAGGAUCCUCCAUGACUGGGCAGAUGGAAAAUGUUCACACCUGCUGGAGAGGGUCUACCAUACUUGCAAGCCAGGUGGUGGCAUUCUGGUAAUUGAAAGCCUCCUGGAUGAAGACAGGCGGGGCCCUCUGCUCACGCAGCUCUACUCUCUGAACAUGCUUGUGCAGACAGAAGGGCAGGAGAGGACCCCCACCCACUACCACAUGCUCCUCUCCUCUGCUGGCUUCAGAGACUUCCAGUUUAAGAAAACAGGAGCCAUUUAUGAUGCCAUUUUAGUCAGGAAAUAACUUUUUCUUGUGA